GCGGGCGGACCGCCUGGCCGGCGCUCAAGAGGCGGCGUGCGAGGCGGCGGCAUGGCCGGCCGGCGGGUGAAUGUGAAUGUGGGCGUGCUGGGUCACAUCGACAGUGGCAAGACAGCGCUGGCGCGCGCACUGAGCACUACGGCCUCCACCGCCGCCUUCGACAAGCAGCCGCAGAGCCGCGAGCGCGGCAUAACGCUUGACCUGGGCUUCUCAUGUUUCGUCGUGCCGUUGCCGGGGGCUGAACCCGGGACCGGCGACACGCAGCUUCAGGUCACAUUGGUCGACUGCCCCGGGCACGCCUCCCUCAUCCGGACCAUCAUUGGCGGUGCCCAGAUCAUUGAUCUGAUGAUGCUCGUGAUUGAUGUGACCAAAGGAAUGCAGACACAGUCCGCAGAGUGCCUUGUGAUUGGCCAGAUCGCCUGCCAGAAGCUGGUUGUGGUGCUGAACAAGAUAGACCUGUUAGCAGAAGGGAAGAGGCAGGCAGCGAUUGACAAAAUGACCAAGAAAAUGCAGAAGACUCUUGAGAACACCAAAUUCCGGGGUGCACCAAUUAUUCCUGUAGCAGCCAAACCUGGGGGACCAGAGGCCCCUGAAACAGAAGCUCCACAGGGCAUCUCAGAACUCAUUGAGCUCCUGAAGUCCCAGAUUUCCAUCCCAGCAAGAGACCCCUCAGGACCAUUCCUUAUGUCUGUGGACCACUGCUUCUCCAUCAAGGGUCAGGGCACCGUGAUGACUGGAACCAUCCUCUCAGGUGCUAUCAGCCUCGGGGACAGUGUGGAGAUCCCUGCCCUCAAGGUGGUGAAGAAAGUGAAGUCCAUGCAGAUGUUCCACACACCUGUCACCUCUGCCAUGCAAGGAGAUCGACUGGGCAUCUGCGUCACCCAGUUUGACCCCAAGCUCUUGGAACGUGGGUUGGUAUGUGCACCUGAGUCUCUGCACACCAUUCACGCAGCCCUCAUCUCUGUGGAAAAGAUCCCUUACUUCCGGGGACCCCUGCAGACUAAGGCCAAGUUUCACAUUACAGUGGGCCAUGAGACAGUCAUGGGUCGCACGCUGUUCUUCAGCCCUGCUCCUGAAAACUUGGACCUGGAGCCCACUCUCAAUUCCUUCGACCUCUCCCGAGAAUACCUCUUCCAAGAGCAGUACCUGUGCAAAGACUCUGUGCCCACAGGCACAGAAGGUGGUGAUGAGGUGGACAGGAAAGCAGGCCACACCGCAAGGGGCCAGUGCCCCCAGCAACAGUGGGCCCUGGUGGAGUUUGAGAAGCCAGUCACCUGCCCCCGGCUGUGCUUGGUGAUCGGCUCCAGGCUAGAUGCUGACAUUCAUAGCAAUACAUGCCGGCUGGCCUUCCAUGGUGUCUUGCUGCGAGGACUGGAAGACAAGAACUACACAGAGAGCUUCCUGCCAGCACUGAGGGUCUACAAGCUGAAGCACAAGCAUGGCCUUGUGGAGCGGGUAAUGGAUGACUACAGCGUGAUUGGACGCUCCCUGUUCAAAAAGGAGACCAACAUCCAGCUCUUUGUGGGGCUUAAGGUGCAGCUGUCCACAGGGGAGCAGGGCAUCAUCGACAGUGCCUUCGGCCAGAGUGGCAAGUUCAAGAUCCACAUCCCUGGUGGCCUCAGCCCUGAGUCCAAGAAGAUCCUGACACCUACACUCAAGAAGCGGAACCGAGCUGGCCGCGGGGAGACCGCCAAGCCAGAGGAGAGCGCCGAGCGGCCAGAGCCCAUGCAGCCUGUGACACUCAGCCUGUCUUUCAAGCGCUAUGUCUUUGACACCCAGAAGCGCAUGGUACAGACUCCCUAAGUGAGCCAGUCCCCCAGGGCCUCUUGCCAGCUACAAGCCAGACCACAGUGCCAGAUGCCCCCAAUGUGCCUCAGUCUCCCCAAUCCUGCAGGCAGCCCAUCCAGUGCCAUCCCACUGAUGUUGAGCCCUCUGAGAAAACCUGGGGAAAGUGAGGAACCAUCCAGAAAGGCUGCCACUCCAUUCCUGCACCCACCCAGGAGAGCAACUAAACCCGGCCUGGAAAGGGCCUUAGCAGAGCCAGCAACCUGGGCCUCCCAGGCUCCCCAGUUAGGGUGUCUGCAGCCACUCUCAGCCUAUCCCAAGUAGCUGGCACCCUGCAACUGGAAAUAAACACCCAUAUAUGACCUAGCCCACCCAUAGUCUGCCUGUCUCCCACGGGUUACCAGGAAUCACAGGGUAUUGUGUGGUGUUGGGUGAGGACUCAAAGCUGCUAGGACCACCCAAAUGGCUCCUGGAGUGUCAUGGGCCUUGAAGAAUAGAGGUUCUCUGAGUAGCUGAGUCUAGUAAGGUCCCUUGGGUGGGGGCUAGCACCCUCGGGCUCUAUCUUGACACUAGAGGUCAAUAGACUCUGACUUCCAAUUUGGGGACCAGACUCCCAAGGGACCAGGGAUGGAGCACCUGGACGUUGUCCAUGUUCAUCUCCAGCCCCAGCACCCUCAGGCUUAGCAUGGGGACUGAGAUGGGGAGAGAGGGUGGAACUGACCAAUGAGGGAAUCAGAGCUUUUCCAGACACCUGUAAGGGCAGCAGAUGUCCUGGCGCUUCCCUGUUUGGCCUCCAGACAGACGUGAAGGCCUCCCUUUAUCCCAGUAAUCAGUGCAUUAUGCUUUAAUUUUCAAAAAUGGCAUUAAAAAUAUUAACAGGGGCAGGUUGUGAUCAAAUGACUUGGGUCUGUUAAGCCCCAGAGCAGAGGGCAGAGGAAAAGGAGCCAGGCUACAGAACACAGCGUCCCUGUAAACCAUGGCCCUAAUCAAAUACCCCAUCAGCCCGCCAAGCCCCUCAUGCCUCCAGGAGACCAGGGUGGUAGCGGCUGCCCUUCACUGUCCUUGGCCAGGCCUCUGGCAGCCACAGUCAGAACAGCCUAGAGCUGAAGACAAGCAGGGCCUGGGCUUUGUUUUGCUGCUGGGCCCCUAAGGAGCAGCUUCCUGCAGGACUCCAUGGUACCCUUACCACUACGCUGUGGGUCCCCUGACCUGGGUGUGACCUGGAGGACAGCAGAGGUAGUGAGUGCGAUCACAGUGUCUGCUCCUCUAGCUCCAGGAAAGCCCACCGCUGCCGCCUGUGGAAGCACCUCAGGGAUGUCUGCCUCCUGCUUGGUCCUAAGCCUAACCCUGCCCAGCACUGGGCCUCAUCAGCCCACCCAGACCUGAAGACUGCCGUGCCUGAAGGACAGGGUCGCUGGCUGAGCUACCCCAUCCCAACCCAACCCUGCCCACCUGUUAGGAUGCCUGAGAAGAGCAGCCAGUUAGAGACAGUGAGGCCCAGGCUUCGGCAAGGGUCUCAAGGCAGGUAGCCAAACAGGCUGAGGGCCCACAGUCCCCUACAUCACUCCUGGGAGCAAAAGAAGCCUUCCAGAACUGGUGGCCUCUAAGCAUGGGUGAGUGGCUGAGCCAGGUCUGCAUCCUCAUUGGUAAGGAAGCCAUUCUGCUCAGCAUGGGGCCUGAGGCAUAUUCUCUCUGUCUGCCCUGAAUGGAGUUUAUGACCUUGGUUAAGUCCCCAGUCUGUACUCAGAGUCUCCAUUAUAUAAGGGAAGCCACUGCUUCAUGUGAUCUGAGGUAGAUCUGAGAACUUGGGACUCUGCUGAGCAUAGAGCUGCCAUCACACCCCUGCAGCCUAGGAACAAGCCUGCAGAUGUGCCCACAUUGAGGGACAGAGGCCUGUGAACCUCAAGAGACAGUUCAGCCAGCUGUAGCUCUGGCACAGCUCCAGUUCAACCAUUUUCCCCAGGACCUGUAUGUGGGUAGAGUCUCCAUGUCCAUACCCCCAGCAUCUCUCCUGAAGACUGUUUUCCUGAAAACCCAGAGUGAGAGCUUAGAUAGAGGGAAGUGAAGGCACAUAGAAGAGGCCAGGGCUGAGCUCUGGGAGGGGUUGCUCAGCAUGUGACCCCCACCAAGCCUCUAGGAUCCUGAGAAUGUGUAUGACACAGGCCUGCCCAUUGUGGCCUGAGAACACACAGUCCCAGGAGAGACCCCUAUCAGGCAUGGCAUCGGUGGAAACCCGAACACCCAUUAGUGAGUUAAAGCCAGGGUACGCAGUCUGGAGGGGUGGCCGGGAGCCGUGUGCACUGCUGACCAGGACUGGCUGCAGGCAGGGCCCAGCUCCAGGACCCGCCGGCCCUCCUCACAUGGUCCCAGGCUCCAGUGUCUUAGGGAAGACAAGCUUCAUUGCAGCCAUAGCCCACAGGAACUGCUUCAGGUCUCCAUGCCAUGGGUUAGGGCACUAGACAAUUCCAAACCCCCUGCCAUGGUGCUAGGGGUGUGUCCUUGGAAAAGAGGCACCCUCCAGCCUCCUGCACAAUGUGAAGUCACAGCUAGUGUCGCACUACUGGCUGGGUGGGGGCAGCAUGAUUGGCAGGCCCUGGAGCAUGGGGCUAAUGCACCAGCACAGAGAUAAGGCUUAUCUGGAACCGUCCCUGGAAUCGAGACUCUGAUGGAAACAGGCCCGGGGUUAAUAUAUUUUUGAUAGAUAACGGCUGGUAAAUGGGAAGCCCUGGGGGCCUGGGGCAGAAGGGGCAGCCUCUGUCCUCCCCAGCCAUGCACAUGUGCACCUGGGUCUGUGUGUGUACUGAGCCUCUGGACAGGGCCAGUGUCUGGACACCAUGUACUCAGGGCUUGUCUGCUACUGCGUGUCUGGCAUCUACAUAGGGGUGGAAUAAAGGAGGUGGGACCUGGUCUACGCAGAGUAGUGACCCACAGAGCACAAAGCUGGAUGAGCUUCUUCUCUAGGGCCUGGUAAGACUAACGAUAGGAGCUAUCAGAAGUGCCGAAACCAGGGCCCUCAGCCAGGUGGAAUUCCCUCCUACUUGGUGAUCCUAGCCCUGGCUUCCUCAACACUGCUCAUGGCCUCCCAGUUCCUAGUGUGGCCCUCCCAUGAGGGUCCUCUAUGACCCUUAUUUCUGCUAAGAGACCCCAGAGGCUCCAUGAGUAAAAUUGAAGAGAGCAGGAAGUAGUUUGCCAGGGGAAGCCUGGCAUGCUGUUGAGGGGCCAGAAGUGCAGGCUCUAAUGGAAGACUGAGAGAUUGCUAAAGGAAGGUCGGGGCUUCCCAAACCCCAUCUUCCCAGAAGCCUCCACAGGGAGUAGCCCUCAUUAAAAAGAGUAGUCACCUCAGCACUAAUAGUAGAUGCAGCCAUUCAUUCAUUAGCUCACUCAUCCAUCUACAGGCUUGACUGCUGGGAGUAGGUGCCAGGCAUGGGCACUGGUGUGAUGCUCAUAGGGAGACUGAAGAGGAGACCUAGGGAAACCUGAAGAACAGCAGCAGGGUGGGUCCCCUAACCCUGACGCUGACCCUAGUUAGGAAUCCUAGUCGGGGAUCCGCCUGGGAAAAGGAGUCCCUGUAUGAUGACCAGCUCUGGGAUAGGGAGGUUUCUGGAUGUAGGAGGGAAGCAGUUCAGGAUGACGGUGUUUGGAAGGUUUGGAGAUUCAACACAGGUGCUGGAACUUGGAUGUAGGGACAGAAUUGUGUAGGGCAUCAAAGAAGCAUCUUUGGACACUGGCUGAGGUCCCUGUGUGUGCUGUCCUGGCCUAGCACAAGGGCACGGGCCUACCUGUCCUGAACUCACUGGACUUGGAGAGAGCAGAUCGGACUUUCCCACUAGCCUGGACAUUCUCCUACCUCAGCUUGCAUACGCAGGCACAGCUCUGAGGCCUGUAGGUCAGGGUCCUGCAGCCCAGGCUUAGGUGUUGCUCAAUACACUAGGAUCCCCCAACGUUAUCAUGGGCCUAGAGGGGAGACCAGCGGCACAACAGUGACUUCCUGAGGCCACAGCUGGGGCCCCAGAUAAAGAGUGCUAGAGCCUGGUGACCCUUCUAGGGACACCAUUUGGGCACACCUCCCACAUGACCACCUCUGGGCCCAGGUUCUGCUCGGCCCUGACUUGCACAGUUCCAAGGGACCACUGUGUGGUGGGGAUUUCUUCCUCGGUAUAGUUCCCAUCAGCCCUGUCCCUUCCCCUGAGCCACAGGGCUCCCUGAGGCAGGGAUGCGGGUGGCCAGUGCCUUUUUCCACAGCAGGGCUCCAGGAGGAGACUUAGGUGUGGCCCACUCUCCAGCUCCUGGCCUCUGCUCUCCACAUGUCCUGUCUCUUUCUGUUUCUCUUGUCUUGUCCAGGACAGUUGGUGAGCAGGGGGGAGGAAGGAGUGUCAGCCUCAUUGACCAGGCCCACAGGGUCUCCUGGCUCUCGUCCAGACCCUUCCCCUCUGCAGUUUGUAUCCUGUAGGCUGGACUCUGGCAGCCACGGUGCCAGGCUCUACUUCAUGAGCCCGAGGGACUCCCCGCUAGGGGUCUAGAAAAGCAGGAGGGGACAGGCUUCCCAGCGACACAGAAGAGGACCCUGGAAACCUGCAUUUUUCAAAGGCCUCGUGAGUUUUUAGACCAGGUUACAGAGACCAGAUCCUGCUCCUACUCAACCCCUAAGCCCAUUAUGUACACAAAAGUGUCCCCACCCUGUCAUCCCUGAGCUUCAGCACUAACUCCACCAUGUUACCCCCAUCACUAAGUUCAGCGUCAUUGUCACCCCAUCCUGUCACCACUGUUGUCACCAAGAGCAGCACCCGUGAUGCACCAGGCCUGGGAAGAAAGCCUGUCUGUAGGACAGCAGUACAUUCCACCACCCCAUCCCCUAGUCUGGCCGGGAAUACACACUGGCCUCAGGCCCCAGUAGAGAGCACAACUGUAUGUGGGGACUCAUCCCACUUGUUUCCUUGCAGUAGUGACCCAAGCCAUCCUGCAUCUUGGUCUGUCCUCCUGCAGAGAUGUGGAGAUCCAUUCUCAACAUGGCACCCCUCAGGGUGGCUGCCAGUGACAGCUCAGGCCCUUUGCUGGUGUCCUGUGUCUAGUCAUGCAUCCAAAUACUUUAUAAACCAGGUUGUAAACACCUGUAAUCCCAACACUUGGAUCAGAAAUCCAAGGCCAUCCUCCUCCCUGUGGACUGCCAGGGAAAGGCUGAAAUAGUAGAUCUGGGGCUAGAGUGGUAGAAGCUGACUCUGGAUCUGCUUAGUGGGGAUUUAGGACCAGCUUUAGCAGAGCUAGGUGACCCUGCAGAGGUGAGCGGCUUUAUAGGAGCAAGCUAGGCAAGAUACCUUCAGUGUGGGAUUCCUGAGGAAGUGGCUAGCUGGGCUUCAGAUUUGGUGCUGGGGAGAGGCCUGAGCUAGACACACAGUGGGGCCAUGAGCACAGAGGCAGUGAAGCCAGGGGAGGAGACAGGGCCUUGGAAUUCUGCGCAUCUUGGAACAAUGGUUCUGGAAAGCUGGGUGCAAGGUGUUUCAUAGGGUCUGCACGCAGGGGAUGGAUAGAAUCAGUCGACACUACUGUAAUUGCCAGGUCUGGGGAAGAGGCCUGCAGUGACAGCCUCAGGCAGCUGCUUACAGGUGCAGACUGGCGCCACUGAAGGCAGGUGGUAUGGGUGGGUGCUGGACAGAACUGUGCAAAGGCAGAGAAAGAUGGGGCAAUACUUCUAAUCAGAUGUGAGAGGAGAUGGCUGAGUGAUAGCCAGUAAUUGUGAUAACUCCCAAUUCUUGGUACUUGCCUGGAGGGAAAGAAGCAUCCGUGUGCUGUCUGCCCUGCCAAUCACUGCUCCCAGCUUCCCUGAGGGGGUAUGGCCUUCUCCCGGCCUGGCCUCAGCCAGGUCAGAGCCCAUGGGCAGUUCCAGGCUGGGUCUCCUCUCUGGGAUGCAGGCUCUCUCACUUGUGGCUUGCUAGCCUCCAUAGGGGGCAGAGAGGCCCCAUUCUAGGCCCUAUAUAGCCCAAAGGACAGCAGAGCUCUGUGGCCUGUGGCACGGACAGGCAGUGGGCCACCGAUAAGAGAGACAGUUGUCAGAGUCAUGGGGACCACUGAUAAAACAGACAAGCAUCUCCCGGUGGCCGGAAGGUGCUGGGAGGGCCAGCAGGGGCACCCACAUGGGUGGACAUGCUGAGGCUGCUGGUUCUGGGCAGGACCCUUCCAACCUCAACAGGCAUCCAGGCAGCUGCUGUGUGUACCCAGCCUGGAAAGGAAACCUCCACAUGGAUUCCCAGGGCUCCUCAGCAUUCCAGAGCCUCCCUACAGCCACCAGCAGGGAGGGACCUUGACAGGGGCAGCCUUCCUCUAUGUCCAUCUACACUUCCAGUCAAGGGCACAUAGCCAGCACAAGAAAGCACCCUGGGAGUUGGAGCUGCUAGGGAAGCAGGCCCUCUAUCACAUGUGACAAGCCUGAUGUGGACAUGGCACAUCUCUCACAAACUCCGGUGACAUCCUGCAAGAUGAGAGGCCUCACCCCUUUUUGCUCUUUGCUGAGUCCCAGAGAGGCCAGGUGACAGGCCCAGAGUCACACUGUCUAGGGUACCCAGGCACCCUUGAGUAUACAAGUGGGCACUGGGCUCUUUGGGAGCCAUCUGCCAGCCCUCAGGUAUGAGGUAUCAAGGAUGGUGGCCUAACUGGGUUGGUUCAGGCUCUGUUCUAGGUGGGGCUUGCUGGUUGCCUUUCUAGUUUCAACCCAAGAAACACAGUUAAGGCUCAGAGACAAUGGAGAGCCUCAUGGGACAAUCUGGGAUGGUGUAGCCUGGGGACUCCGAACCCAGUCUGAAGAGCCCAGAGUCCACACCCUUCCCAAAGAGGGCCAUCUUUGUGUAUUUUGUCACACUGCAUAUGUAUACAUAGGGGACAUCCUUCUUAACAGUGGGCAACAGUCCCUCUCACUGGGACCUAUUAUACUUCACACUAGGGUGAAGGGGGCAGUUCCUCUCCUAGAGACUGUCCUGCUUUACACUGGGGAGGGCAGUCCCACUGUCCUGCCCUGCCUUAUACACUAGAACCUGUCCUGCAUUAUACUGGGGGAAAGUCCCUCUCACAGCCCCAGCCAUGUACCUGCUUGUUCAUUCCACACGCAUGGUGAGAGAGGACCCACCAGCAUGUCACUGUCUUGAUGGAAUAUGGGGACAGGACCUUCUCUGCCUGGGGAUGCAGAGCUGCCAUCCCUGGUUCACCGCGAGAGCAAGCAGUCCACAGCAGGAAGGAAUGAUACCUACCCAGAAAAGACAGGAAUGAAGAGCGAUCCCUGGAGCUUGACCCAGCCUUGCUGACCCACGCUGGGGAUGCAAUGUCAUGCUCCCCACACCACCAGAGCCUAUUGGAGCCAGACUCUCUGUGAGUCAGUGUGUGCAGUGGUCAGUGUGCUUCUUAGCAAUCUGGGAUGUGUCCUGAGUCCUAAAGGAGGAGUGUGUGAACCCAUGACCCAUCAAGAAUCUUGCCUAGGCCAACACUCUAUCCCUGCCAUGAGUCCUCAGCCAACUUACCCAACACUUGCUCUAUGUGCCUCACUGGGCUGGCGUGCCCACCUGGGGCCACAUGUGCCCCAUUCCGCCCUCAAGUCAGUCCCCACCCUGCCACAGAGCCACCACCAGACAGCUGGGCACCCACGUCCAGCCUAACAGUUCUGUUGAGUCCAUUGCACCCUUAAAUAUAUCUGUAAUAUUUUAUUGUGUGUAUGAGCAUUUUGUCGGCAUGUAUGUCU